AUGUCUUUGAUUAGAAGUGUCGGUGUGACAGAGAUUCCAGGUAGUGAUCUCAGCACAUUUUUCUUCAUUAUAUUUACCUUUUUGGAUAGGGAUGAUUCUCAACUCAUUGAGAAAAUUGUGGAAGAUGUUGGGAAAAAGUCGUCUCGGAUGCAUCCUAUUGAACUAGAAGGCCUCAAUGAAAUUGAUGAAAACAAAGGAGAUACUGAAUCACUACUGAAAAAGUAUCAAAGAAUUGGAAUUUGGGGCAUGGGAGGAAUAGGAAAGACAACCAUAGCCAGACAGAUGUUUGCCAAGCACUUUGCACAAUAUGAAAGUGCUUGCUUUCUGGAAAAUGCAUGUGAAGAAGUAGACAAAUUUAAACAAAUGCAAGUUCGUAGUAAUCUUCUCAGUGAGCUACUAAAUCGACAAAUAACACCAACUGAGCAUCGAUCCAAAUCUAUUAGGAGUAGGCUUACGAGUACAAAAGUUUUCAUUGUACUUGAUGACGUAGAUAAUGCUUACAUAUUAGAUUAUUUGUGUGAACCUCUAGGUGGCCUUGGACCACAAAGUAGACUCAUUAUCACAACGAGAGACAAACAUAUUCUUAGUGGAACAGUUGAUGAGAUAUAUGAGGUUACAAAAUGGAAGUUUGAAGAAUCUCAAAAGCUUUUCUGUUUAGGAGCCUUCAAGCAAACUUAUCCCGAAGAGGGCUACAAGGGUUUCUCAAAAAUAGCAAUUGAAUGUGCAGGAGGUGUUCCAUUAGCUUUAAAAGUUUUAGGUUUACAUUUUAAGAAAAGAGAAUAUGAAUUCUGGGAAUCUGAAUUAAAUUAUAUGGAGAAAAGAGGAGAAUCCUUGGGAGAAAUUCAACAAGUUUUAAAAGUGAGCUAUAAUAGAUUACCAUUACAACAGAAAGAAAUGUUUCUUGACGUUGCAUUCUUUUUCAAAGAUGAAAAUAAAGAUUUUGUUAUCAGGAUACUUGAUGCAUGCGGUUUCAGUGCAAUCGGUGGAAUAGAGAGCCUUAAAGAUAAAGCUCUUAUUACAAUUUCAAAGACCAACAGAAUACAAAUGCAUGACUUACUACAACAAUUGGCUUUCGAUAUAGUUCGCAUAGGCCCAAAAAAACAAAGCCCAUUUAGGGAUAAAGAAGUUAGUGAUGUUCUUAAAAGUAAAAAGGAGAAAUCUACUAAGUUGUAUCCUCCUGAUCAAGGUAUUAUGCCAUUUUCUGAUGAAUUGAGAUACCUGGAGUGGAGUGAAUACCCUUUUAAGUCUCUUCCACACCCUUUUUGUGCUGAGUAUCUUGUUGAGAUUCACUUGCCGCAUAGCAAUAUUGAACAUAUUUGGGAAGGAAAUCAAAUACGUCUUCGUGUGUCUGCAGAUGGGUGCAAAAACCUACAAAGUCUUAUUAGUCGUGAUCAUUUAAGAUCUCUUGAGGAGAUCGAUGUCAGAGGCUGCUGUCGGCUUAAGGAAUUUUCAGUCUCCUCAGAUUCAAUUGAAAGAUUGGAUUUAACCAACACAGGAAUUGAUAAAUUGAACCCGUCAAUCGGUCGCAUGUGUAAGCUUGUAAGGCUUAAUUUAGAAGGCUUACUGCUUGAUAAUUUACCGAAUGAAUUUUCUGACCUGGGAUCACUGACCGAGCUUUGUCUGUCUAAUUGCAAGAAUCUUCAACUUUUGCCAGAGCUUCCACCACACUUGAAAGUGUUUCAUGCUGAAAAUUGCACCUCAUUGGUCACAACAUCUACUUUGAAGACUUUUUCAGAAAAGAUGAAUGGAAAGGAGAUAUACAUUUCAUACAAGAAUUGCACGAGCUUGGAUAGACCUUCUUCCAUUGACCGCAAUCUUGAAGAUGGCAUAUUAACAAUGAAACAUGCUGCAUUUCACAAUAUAUUAGUUAGAAACAACAGUUCGCAAACAGGCAAAUAUGAGUAUAAUAGUGUCCAAUUUUGUUUACCAUUUCCAGGAAGAAGAGUUCCAAGAGAGUUCCAACAUGAUAUAAAAAAAUCUUGCAUAACUAUUGAACUUCGCAAGCUUCCCUAUUUACUGGGAUUCAUUUUCACAGUUGUUGUUUCUCCUUCAUCAGAUGAAAACCAAGAUGCUGAAAUUCGAUGUCAAUGUUAUUCAAAAGUUGGAAGGUGGAAAGUGGGAAAUGCAUCUAACUUUAAGUGGAAUCAUAAAAACACCACAAAAUUGAAAUCGGAUCAUGUGUUUGUGUGGUAUGAUCCAUACCUUUCUGACACCAUAUUGAGAAGUGGCCACACAGCUUUUUCUUUUGAUUUCUCUAUUACAGGUGGAAACAAUAAUAGGUCUCUUUCAAUGCCAAUGAAAGAGUGUGGGAUCUGCCCAAUUUAUUUGUCAGAAUUUCAUAUGCUUUCAACCACACUAAAUUUGGACGAGGACACACAAUUAAAUAUUUGUGAAGCUGUGAAAUCAGAGUCAAAAUUAAGUAGAAGAUACAUUGAGUGGAAUGGAUACCCUUUGAAGUGUCUUCCAGAUCCUUUUUGUGCUGAGUUUAUUGUUGAGAUUCGCCUGCCACAUAGCAGUGUAGAAUAUCUUUGGCACGGGAUGCAGGAACUUGUGAAUUUAGAGGCCAUCGACCUAAGUGAGUGCAAACAUUUGUUCAGCCUCCCUGAUUUGUCUGAAGCGACAAAACUCAAAUCGUUGUAUCUUUCAGGCUGUGAAAGUUUUUGUGAAAUUCAUUCUUCUAUUUUUUCUAAGGACACACUUGUUACUUUGAUACUUGAUAGGUGCACAAAACUGAAGAGUCUCACGAGUGAGAAGCACUUAAGAUCUCUACAAAAGAUCAAUGUCUACGGCUGCUCAAGCCUUAAGGAAUUUUCAUUGUCCUCUGAUUCAAUUGCAAGUUUGGACUUGAGAAAUACAGGAAUUGAAAUAUUGCAUCCAUCAAUAAAUGGUAUCAGCAAGCUUGUGUGGCUCAAUUUAGAAGGUUUAAAAUUUGCAAAUCUACCGAAUGAGUUGUCUUGUCUGGGAUCACUUACCAAACUUCGACUUUCUAACUGUGAUAUAGUAACUAAAUCGAAUUUAGAAGACAUAUUUGAUGGCUUGGGAUCAUUGAAAAUAUUAUAUUUGAAAUAUUGUGGCAAUUUGCUUGAACUCCCUACAAACAUCAGUUCUUUAUCAUCAUUGUAUGAGUUAAGACUAGAUGGAACUGAUGUGGAGACACUACCUUCAAGCAUCAAGCUUCUCUCAGAGUUAGGGAUUUUAUGGUUAGACAAUUGCAUAAAACUUCAUUCCCUCCCAGAGCUUCCUCUAGAAAUCAAAGAGUUUCAUGCCGAAAAUUGCACUUCAUUGGUCAAUUUAUCCAGUUUGAGAGCUUUUUCAGAAAAGAUGGAAGGAAAGGAGAUAUACAUUUCAUUCAAGAAUUGCGUGAUGAUGAAUUCGAAUCAACAUUCAUUGGACCGGGUUGUGGAAGAUGUCAUAUUAACAAUGAAGAGAGCUGCACAUCACAACAGAUCAAUAAGAUACAGUAUUAAUGCUCACAGCUACAGUUAUAACAGUGCAGUGGUUUGUUUACCAGGAAGUGAAGUUCCAAAGGAGUUCAAAUACAGAACAACUGGUUCCGAAAUAGAUAUUAGAUUACAGGACAUUCCUUACUCGACGGGAUUCAUUUACUCAGUGGUUAUUUCUCCAACCAAUAGAAUGCAAAAUGAGCAUGGUACUAGUGCUGAAAUUCAAUGUGAAUGCCAUCAGGAAGAUGGCGAUAGGGUGGUGUCCAUUGAGGUACCUGUGGAGGUUAUUUUGCACCUAGAAGGAAGUAAAAAGAUUUCUUGGAUGGCUAUAUGA